AUGGAGCAAUUCAUCGAGGCCAUACGUAUGGUACAGAACGGUCAUGUUCCCCCAUCGUCACCGAAACCAUAUGGAUGGCCUUACCGACCUGAAGAUGAGGUGUGCUCAGUCCAUACACAAACAGUCUCUCAUAGCCCAGAAGACCGCUCCCCGGCAAAAGAGGAGGACACUUCCUCAGAAGUCUCUAUUGACGAUAUCUGUAUUGGCCCCGUGGCUGCUGCUGCUGACAACAGUCUCGAUAGUUCCUCUUCUGAAAAUGGGGGAGAGUCCAGUAUGAGCGGUACUGAAACACUCGCUGACCUCGACCCUGCUCUUGAAUUUAACUGGUUUGUGACCACUAGUCAUUUUGGUGUGGGGCUAUACAGUGAAAUAUCUACCACCCGGACGCUUCAUGCCCCAGGCACAACUGUCCAUUACUUCACCACACUCCAUGAAGCUAAGGAGUAUUUCAGGCUUGCCUUGGCGGAUGUUGUUGCAUUGUUUCGCACCUUAGACCAACUGAGCACUGAACUUGGGUACAAGUCUGGUGUUCCCGAGGCACGCAUUAUGCAAUCUCGCGUUAUCGCAGUGCUCCGGAGAGUGCAUGCUACCAAGUUACAUGAUGCCGUGCAACAACUUGAAUGUACGUCUGGGACUGGAUAUCACCUCUUGUUGAAGCAGAGCCAGGAACUGGUGGACUUGAUGGAGAGACGGCUUGCAAUAGAGAAGGAAGUCAUAUCAAUAAUAGACGAAGGAGGUGUUGAAGCUUAUGAUGAGGCAAUGUUCACCGACUUACUCGUUUGGCAGACUGCGGUUGAUAUAUCAGACAAGUCUUAA